AGACUUUUAACCAAAGCACUCAAAGAACCUUAUUAAGGUUUAACUAUUCCCUUAAUCCCUACUUCUAACUAACCCAUUAUAUUCACACACGUUUCUCAAUCAAAUUCUUCAACCCAAAAUGUGCCCUCUUAGGGUUAUUCUGAUUUUCUUGUCCGCAACUCUCGCCGGAUUCUUCGUUCUCAGAAAUCUAAGAUCUCAACCCAAGAUCGACGAUGAAGAUGAAGAUGCUGUUCUUCCUUCAAACCCUAAAAUCUUAGAUUCUUCAAAUGCUGCAUCGAAUGGAAAUUCUAAGGUUUGGAAUGCGUUAGAAUCUGGGUUUUGGACCUUUGUUGAUAUGGCUAGUGGGCGUUAUCUUUGGAGGCAUGUGGUUUCUUCGUCUUCUUCUUCAAAGCGCUCUAGCUGAUGGUGUGUUGUUGGUGAUUGCAAAUUUGCAUAUCUGGUGAUUGAUUAAUGUCAAUAUCAAUAUCAUUUGUUUUUGAUAUUGUAGUAUUUGGAGCAAUUUGCAUAUCUUUGUAAUCUGUAUCAUAUCUGUUGUUCAUAGUAUUUUGUUGUUGGUUUUGAAUUUGCAAUACAAAUAAUGAUGAUGAUGAUGAUAAUCUUGAUAUGUCUAUAAUAUAGUGUGUUCUUUUACUGUUUCUGUUC